GGCAAUAGCGUUCCCUUCGAAUAAAAUGUCGAUUUUCGAAUAAAAUGUUCCAAUUCAAAGUAUAACAUCAUAUAGUAGCGAUGGACGUAAGUGAUGAUUGAUCAUCGGAAAAUUAAAACCAAAAAGGCGUCGAAGGCCCUGUACCCCGUUGGUGGCUACACAAAACGGAUCGACCAGUACGGAGCCGUGCCAGCCGCCGUCCUCGCGGAGGAACGCCGUCUGCAGAGGCUGGAGGGCCACAUCGAGAAGGGCAGACGGUGGCAGCUGGCCCACUGCGAAAGGGAAGAGAGAAAAGCCGCUCGGCACCUCCAAGAGCUCAAUGAGGCCAAGGGGAGGGCUUGGCUGCCGGCGGUGUCACAUACCGAGUAUCUGUACGGUGGAUGUCUGGCCGUGAGGGUGGUGGACAGAGAGGAUGACAAGGAUAAGGAGGAAAAUGAUAUCCGUCUUCAACCUCGGAGUACAAGCUGCCAUCGCACCCAGGCCAAGACAGAUUUACCCAAGCUCUUACUUCCUGACCAAAGACCAACGAAGGGGACACCUCGGACGCCCCGCAGCUGGGCAACUCUCAAGAAGCAGUUCUCCCAGGGGAUGCUUCCUCGCGGUCGGCGACUCGGCAGCACACAGGACGCGCUGGGCACGGCUUCUUGUCUGGUUGACAGGGCCGGUGGGUUAGAGGGUGGGUGCAGCGGGGGUGACGGAGCUUCUGUUAGGAGUAAAGGACAGGGAGGCGAUUUCGUCCACGAAAUGAAGCGGUGUCGGUAUCUGAGGGUUCCUGUGUGGUAUCAGAGCUGUGGAAAUGACGGUGAUUCAAAUCACAGUUGUCAUCACAAUUAAGAGACUUGGGUAAACAAGACUAUCCAAGAGUGAAGAUGGAAAAUGUCACGGACAGAGGUUUCUGGGCACCGCCACAAUCAAAUAUCACACCUGGUCAAGAAGGAGUUUGGGGUGCUGUGUCCAAAACACUCCACAUGCGUAGAGUCCACCAAGCUGUUUCAGAGGUCUCAAUGGUGCAUGCCUCCUAUUCUAAUCUAUAUGCAGUCAAUGCCACCACGGCAGGGAUAAAAGGAUAUUAAAACUAUCAUCCACCAUUAUAGUCAUCACAAAUCAUUCAUUGUCAAGUUAGAAGUCCUGUAAACUGACACGUGUGAUUGACUUGUGCUUGACGUUACCAAUACCCUACUUUUAUCUUAAGAUAACAAAAAUAAUGUACUUUCAUGCAGUCAGACUCAUUAAAAAUCAUGCAGAUCAGCCAAGAUUUGAGGUUUGAUGAAAAUUUAAUUCAGUAAUAAUGCAAUCUUAUAAAGUGCCACUACUCUAGUUUUAUAAAAUAACAGUGAAGGGGAUCUUGUGACUCUCAUAGAUUAAAAAAUAAUUUAGAUUUUUAGGACGAGUUGAAAACAUGGAACGGCUGAAAUGAUGAAAUUUAAACCAGCCCAGCUAUUUACAAAAUCGAUAAAAACAUUACUAAAACAAGUAUAGUAAAGGUUGUCCAUGGGACAAAACAAAUCCCAAAAUGUGGCGUUCA